GUCUCGUGUCCGGAUACACGUAGGUGUGACACUCCUUUGCCAAUGUCGGAGAACUCGAAACCCUAACAAUCGUCGAUGCGACUGAUCUUAAUCUCCCCGCCAUUAGGUUUAUAUCUCCCUUAUCAAAGGCGACGACGCUAAUGGCGCUGGAAACCCUUAAUCCUCAGUGUUCCCUCUUUUUAUCUUCCACGAAGGCAGCCACCAGCCGAAGUAACCCUGCCGCCGAUUCUUCGAGCUGAACUCUUCGAUGUGAUUCCGACUCAAAGGAUCUUCCCCGCUCCAUCCAGCAGUUCACUGGAAACUUUCGCGCUUCGAGUCAAUCAUUGAAAGUUGGGUAGGGACAAUAUAAACUUUUUGGUAAUCAAUUCCCAAAACUUUUUCCGUGAUGCAAUUUGUGGAGAUCGAAUUGGAUUUCCUGAGCUAGGAACACAUGAAAUUUCAUUUCGGUGCUGCCCAUCACUCUCGGUCAUGCUUUUUCGACAGAUAUUCGUUGCGUUAGCUCUUGUUGCCAGAAUCAUUAUACACUAUAGAAAAUGUCUGCAGACCGUCCUUUCGAUCCGGAACAUCCCGGGGUUGACGAUGGGAGAAUCGAGUUCUCAUCGAUUGGGGAAGGGCAUUUUAUUUUUGAAGAUAAAAAUUUGGUCUACAGCGAAGAAGAUCAAGCACAGCAUGAGCUUGAGGCACAGUUAGCGGAGGAAAGCCACACUGAUGUUAAUGCAACUGUUUUAUGGAAACACGUGGUAAAAGGAAGGAAAUGUGGGAAUUCUCAUGGAGGUUCCCAUGUUUUUAAAUGCAAACAUUGCCAAAAGAUAUAUCAUGGCACUUAUACUCGAGUUUACGCGCACUUGAUGGGACAUAAAAAAGGCGAAAGUAAAGGGAUCGGUUAUUGUUCCAUCGUGAAGGCCGACAAAAACCUUCAACUCCAAAUAAAGCGAGAAGUCGAGCAAGUUGAGAGCUCACCAAAUGUGGUUCCAUUGAAGAAAUCGAAACUCAAUGCCAGCUCUGGGGCUACGUCGCAGGGACCUUCAUUAGCCUUGUCAUAUGCAGGCUCGUUCGAGAAAGAUUCCUUGACGCAAGACCGAGAUGAUGUUGAUUCUAAGGUGAUUCGUUGUUUAUGUGCGAAUGGUAUCCCUUUUGAUGUACUAAGGUCACCUUAUUGGGAUGAAAUGGUAUCAGCAAUAAGUAAAGAACCCGGUUAUAAGAGCCCAUCAUGCGAAAGGGCUUCCACCAUUCUAUUGCAAAAUGAGAGGAUCCGAGUCGAAAGCGAGCUUGAUAUUUUCAAGCAAAAGUGGUCUCAUUAUGGAAUUUCAAUCCAAACGAGCGGGUGGAUGGAUACCAAACAUCGACCGUUAAUCAAUCUAAUUGCAUCAAAUCAAUUUGGAUCGAUGUUUCUACAUGCUCUUGACUUUCUAGUCAUCGAGAAAUCUCAUAAAAGAAUCACUCACUACAUGAUGGAUGCAAUUGAGAAGGUUGGCCCUUAUAAUGUUGUUCAGUUGAUUACGGACAAUUCGUCUCAUUGCAGAGCUGUAGGCGAGGAUGUAAUGAAGGCAUAUCCACACAUAUUUUGGACCCCCUGUAUUGUUCACACUCUAACUUUGGUUUUGAAGGAUGUAAUUAAAGAAUUACGUUGGCUGAAGGAAAUAUAUUUGAAUGCAAAAGCUAUUGUGAGAUACAUUAUAUAUCACUUUAAUGCAGCUGAGGAUUUUUUUAAUUAUUCAAAAUUAGAGUUACUAAAAUCUGCUACAAGACCUUAUGGUUUCUAUUAUAUUUUUCACAUUUUAUUUGAUGUAAGAGAGACUUUAGUGGCUGCUGUUUUAUCUGAUCAAUGGGACAUAUGGUCUAGACUACCUAUACUUGAUGAGAAAGUUCAGCUUUGUGGAGAAAGUGUGAAGGAAGGUGUUUUGUCAGAGGAUUUUUGGAAAGGGGUACAAUUGGCAUUAUCAAUUGCUAAACCAAUAUUCAAAAUGAUUAAAUUUACAGACCAAGAAGGCCCCUUAAUUGGAGAAAUUUGUGAGAGAAUGGACAAUAUGUUGGGAGAAAUUCAAGAUAAUUUAAAAAAACAUGAGGAUAUGUUUAUGAUUGUGAAGGAAAAACUUCAUUCUAGAUGGACGAAAAAUGAUGUUCCAAUGCAAUGCUUGGCGUACGCUCUUACUCCAAAAUACUAUGAUGAAGACUUCAUUCAAACUUCCACAUCUGGUGGUAGAAAGAGGCGCCCUCCAGACCAGGAUGAUGAUAUAUUCGAAGGAGCGAUGGCCGCGAUAUGUAAAAUGCAUCCAAACGAUGAUCGUGCAGACACCGUUCGGGUACAGUUUUUAUUAUUCGUGGAGAAGAAGGGUAAGUUUUCAUCUCCGACAGCGAAGCGGGAUGCUCGAAAUCCCAAAAUCAAUGUUUUACAGUGGUGGAAGUUCCACGGGGGUGACACGAAAGAAUUGAGAGACAUGGCAUUUCGAGUGCUUGCCCAACCAAUCAGUGCCUACUCGGUCGAAAAACCAUGGAGCACCUAUAGUUUCAUCCAUCACGCUAAAAGAAAUCAAUUGAAUGAAAGCCAAGCUGAUGAUUUGAUGUUUGUCCACUCAAAUUUGAGAUUGCUGUUAAGAUUUAAUCAAAAUUACCAGUAUGGGCAGCAUAGAAAAUGGGAUGCAAAUCCUGGAAAUAUUCUUAUGGAUGAAUCUCCUUUGUGGGAAGAAAUGCAUGAAGAUGAGAGUUCUUUUCUGAGCCAAACUUCUACUACUCAUAGUUCUAUACAAGAGCUCCUAAGAAUCAUUGAAGAUGUUCCUUCAAACUAUAAUCAAUCUGCUGAGGGUUCCAGGCUUGAUUCGACUGGUAAGACAAAGAAAUUCCUGUAAUGUAUUUAUAUUUUGGUUUUAUUCUGUAAUAUUGUUUGAGAUCUACUGUAGACAGCAAGUUCCUGUAAAUAUAUUGGUUUUAUGAAUCAUGGUAGAAA